AUGAUCGUUCGCCUGCUCCUCCUCCUCGUCGUCUCAGAGACGGGCGUGUGCGACGUGGAACGCGUGGAUUUCAAGAGCGCGAAGGCCGAGGCGGCCGUUGCACGGAUUGGCGGGUCCGAGCGGACGGUGCUCAACUUGCCGAUCGAAGACCCGAGCAACGACUCGUCACCGCUGAAGCUCGUGGCCAGGUGCCGCGAUGCAAACGUGCCUUACGUCUUCUCCGACCUGCAGGCAGCGCUAAAGUCGACGCGAGGCUCCUCCGUGCUGUCUGCUCCCAAGCUUCCCAGCCUGCCAAAGCUAUUCUGA